AUGAGCACGUGUCAGCUCCAUGAUAACACGUCAUCUAUAGAUCAGCAAGCAUGUGUAUUAUCUCAGACCGUGUUGGCGCCGCCGUUUGGAUUUUCAGCAAACCCCAAUGGCGGGCUUUCUCCAUUGUACCCGCUGUUUCCUGUAGAGGGGUCCUCUCAGGCUGCAGUGCCAGCGUGGGGCAUGGCUGUUCCUUCGUUUCAACCUGUGCUGUCCUUUCCGCAGGCGGCCACACUAGAUGAGAUGGCUGCCCCCACUUCUGCUCCUGUCCCUGUCCAGCCUUUUAGGCAAUCUGUUAUUGAUGCUACCGGUUCUGAUCCUGCAGUGAAAGGUGCGCUGUUGUCAGAGGACUGUGCCAACAGUGGUAACGACAGAACGGGGUUUACUAUUUCCAAGCCAAGCCGGUUGGAGAUGAAGAAAAGAGACCGGGGCGCCGCGGCCGCUGAUGCUGCAAUGCUGUCUGGUAACCAGGGAAAGCAGCCAGUGAAGCGCGCACCUCGCCGGGUCUGGAGCGACGAGGAGCACUCAGCUUAUCUGAGGUUUGUGCGACAUAAGGCCAUCAAUGGUAGGAUUGACGAGCGUAUUCUCGCGACUAUACCUAAUCGGACACUGGUGCAGAUAAAGCAGUAUAACUACAAGUACAACAUCUAUCGCGAUAAUGGCCUGGACGUCGUGGAUGACGCUUUUAGCCGUAACCCCCAGGUACUGACUGACUUCUCUAAUUUCAUUGGCACGAUCGUUUCUAAGUACGUUGUUAAUGCUAAACCUAAAAUGGGAACCUUCCUUGGACUAUAUGAUUCCAUUGCAUUCCAGUGGAACUUGUACCACAGCCUCAGAAUCCUGGGUUCAUCAUCGUCUGUGUCUGCAUCAACGUCUCAGAAUGACUCUGGGACGAUUCCUCCAUUUUCCUCCGACACACUUAGAAACAUAUGCCUUGGAAUGAUAGAGCUCAUUCAGAAGCCUGUUUUCCGCAAUAGCUCUCUCCAGAUUUUUGAGCUGGUGCGCUUCUUAACUACGUUGAGAAGAUACAUUAGUGGUGCAGCACAUAUUCAAGCGUUCAAGCACUUUAUCAAGUUCCUUUCUCUUCUAACAGACGGGUUGGACCUGACGCGCUGUAAUGACAAGCUUACCUCUAGAGACCUUCAGAACCUGUUCUCCCUCUGUGAGGAACCGUGCACGGCCGAUGACGCCCUAUACAUUGCGACAACGGUGGUACCGUCUGUCUACAUCAGUUUUCAGUGCACCCCAGGGGCGGACCCAGGCGCCCUGAGGGCAAUUACCAACUUGGAGAGCUGCCACCUCCACAUCCCCCACAUCCCUUCGUCGGUCUAUCAAAUGUUAUGCAGUGUCCUUUCCCAGAUUUGCCACGAGCUGGAGCCCCGUACGUGCUUGUACCUUUCAACAACGUUUCUAGUCUACCUCCAGAUUCUGAGCGGGUCUGUCGAAGAGAUCAUAUAUGAGAUCUAUAAGUACGGAUCCCCUCGUUGCACUACCAAGACAGUCUCGGAGCAGAGCACCCUCAUCCUCUGUGUAAUAUCCUACAUCCUUUGCUUUGCUAUCGUUCAGUAUGAGGAGAACGAAGUCACCUAA